CUCUCGGCACGCAGCUGGUGUCACGAAGGACGGCACUUCGUCUACUCGUGUUGUUGCAAACCCCUUUCCCAUACGUUUCUUGGUAACGUGCGCGCAUCAUGGCUGCCCUUAGUGUAGGAAGCAUCGAUGAGAAGGUGGCUACAUCUGGCACCAACAUUAAGCAAGCGCUUAAAGAUUGCACCAAAAAACUUCAAAAAAGACCAAAGGAUCCGUAUCUGCUCUACUGGAAGGCCGCCGUCCACUUGAAGUUCGGAAAGAGGGAGGAAGCAAUCCAACAACUUGAGGAGCUCUGCGACUGGACUCCGGCUAUAACCGACCCCCAGCUUCUGUCAGCCGUCUACUCCAAGCUUGUGGAUGGCAAUGGGUCCGAAUCGAAGCGGCAGGCAUUGUGGCAAAAUGCCUUCAAGUCGACCAAAGACAGUGACACUCUGAUCACAUGGUUUGAGAGUGCGGCUAUCCAUGACCGUUGGAAGGAGGCACAGCAGGCUCUAGUUGUUCUGAGCAGCAAGUUUCCCAAAGACGAGCAUUAUCUGUUCUCCCUUCCUGCCGUCUCGCAAUUGGCGGCAGACGUGCUUCAAACGAACGAUCAAAAAAUGUCUCAGUUCUACACGCUUUUAUCGUACAAAAAACUGUCUGCGGCCGUCACCAAAGCCAUGAAAGGCGACAAGUCGGUGGACGCAGUCACGACCCGCCGUGAACUUCGGUUGGUCUUGCAAAUUUAUCUCAAGCAAGGCCGUCGCAAAGAGGUGUUGGAGAUUCUCGACGAUCCCAUUAUCGGGCUUUUUUCGCAGCUUGUUCUUUGCGAUUUGAGUUUUGUCCGUAUGAAAAUUGAAGUACUUUUGGAGGAGGAAAUGUGGCAGCAGUUAUGGGAUUUCUGCGUAGCGGCCCUCAAAGGCACCCACAGUCCCGACGAGAAGUCUAGAACAUCUUACGACCUUUGGCAGACUGAUUACAUUCUGUGGAAAGGGUUACACGCUUCCUGCAACGCGUUAUUGUCGCAAGAUAUGUCCGACGAUGCGCGAGAGCAACUGCGCCAAACGGCUGGAAACAUACACGAGCAACAUGAAGCCAAGAACCGACGCGCGCGGCUUUUGGCAAGAACAGCAGGCAGUUUGCCAGACCAAGAUGCCCUGCUUGAGAGUUGCUGUUCUUAUUUCCAGGGGUUCUCAAAAGAAAGAUAUUGCUUCGAUGAUCUACGCCCCUACAUCGAAAUGCUCGAAAGCUCCCACCAGGCUAAAUUCGAAGACUGGUAUCACGAGCUUAUCCGCGGCAAAGACCAAAUUCAAGACGGGGGGUCAGGACUCGCUGACGCUCUCCGGACCGAAGUGACCGCUUGUAAGAUUGACUAUCUGUUAUCUAUUUCGACGCAAGACGGAGCGUCAAAAGAAAGGCUCGAAACCUUUGCCCAAGAGUGCAUUAAGUUGCUAAAACGGACCGGAGAGGAUGACUACGCUUCCCAAGAAGACAUCUGCGCGCUGGCGGUAAUGACUCUGGUCAAGCUUCACGAAACCGGCGCUUCUCAAGAGUAUCUGGUUCAAGCUGAGAUUCUGAUGCGCCAGCUGCUAUCUACUGUAGGAGACAGCCGCAAAGCUGGACUUUUACAAGCUCGUCUUGUUUCCUUCUUAGGAAAUUUCAGUGAAGCCAUGCAGGUGUGGUCUGGACUCCGCAUCAAAGAAGUUCUAUCUGAGACACUCGGGCACCACAUGUUUACGAGGGUAUCUAUUACUCACCCAUUCCCGUAUACUGCCAGGAUGGAUGGCAGAUCAAAACAAGAUCCCAUCAAUGCGCUGGAGAAAAGUUUAAAGACGGCGACAACUAUCAUUCACAGGAUAGACAACUUCAUGGGCGCAGAUCUUGAGGCCAUGCAAUAUGAUCGGCUUUUGGAAAUUGCUGACUUCAAAGCGGCCCUAACUCGGAGCAUGAGCUACCACCUCCUGUUCCUCGAAAGACGACGAAUUCAGCGCCUCAGAGGCCUUUCAUGCGACGAUCUUUAUCUGGACUUGAUAGAUGGUAAUGUUGCCGGCCUGAUCGAUAGCCGUGACACGCAAAGACUAUGGAAUUAUGAACAUUCGAAGGCUCCUCGAUUCGAGAACUUGAUUGCUUCGGGGCCUCUUCCGGGACGCUACUGGAUAGCUUUGUAUCUGUUCAUUGACGACACCUGUGCCCUCAUUUCCUCACCGGAAAGUUCACGUAUACACAUGGGAAUGGUCGAAGGGAAACUGAAAAGCGUUACCUCAGAUGAUGACGCUGAGCUGACAACGGCUGAAAAAUCCGUUACAUCUGGUUGGAAGAAGUUGCGUACGCUUGCUACCAUGGCCCUCCUCGGGGAAAAGAUCGAAGGGAUAUCCGAAGCUUUCGAGGAUAUGAAAGCAUGGCUCUCUGGAAUCCGAGAGGAUACCUCUCUUGCUGAGGCUCUGAAGAAACUUUCGAUCAAAAGUGAGGGAAGCUUUGAUCUUCUUCCUUUGGCGCCACACGUUCAACCAAUGUUCUUGAUUAUGGAACUUCUGCAAGCCUGCAUGCGUUUCUCCGAUGCGGCUUUUAAGAUCCAAAAAAGCAAGUCGCAAAAGUGGCACAGCAGUAUACCAAAAAAAGAAAUUGCUGGACUGCAGUCUGUGGCUCAGGACCUCUUCCAAGCUGUCCGUCAGCGGGCACUGGACUGGACAAACAAGCUUACCGACGGUGCCUCUGAGGAUCUCAUGAAGCAUGCAAGUUCCGGAGCUAUCGGGGAAGCCAUGGAGGGACUGCUGGGGAGUCGCGCGAAGCCAGCAACUGCGGAAACGGCAUCGAUGCUUGUCCAGGGUGCGCUUGCUACCCUUGAUGGAGUACUGCAGGUGAAAUUGGAGUCGAAACAGAGUUCUUAGAUGAAUGUCUUGGACCCAUGCUACGGUCCAUGGAGGCUCUUCCAAAGAAAUAAUUGAGUUGUGGGACAGACGAAUACCACUACUGUCAAAAUUUCAGUCCUGGCA